GUUAACUAGUAGUUACUCCUCCGGACGUUCAGUCGAACCCACCCCAUCCGACUGACUCACCGGAGAGCAAGUCCAGUCAACAAGACGAAGCGCUACGUACUUCAUAUGUUUGUCUGGUGUCUGCGGGAGCAAUUCAUUUACCUUCUCCUCCUCCAUUGAGAGCGAGUUGAUGUCCAAAGACGAGUCGCACCCAUCUCGUGUUCACUUACACGUCGACGCACCCAGAGCAUACACACAGACACACACACACUCUCUCCGUGUCUCUCACAUACAACGUAUUUCCCUCUUCGCAAACAUGGGUGAACAGAUUCCCGUGAGGAUCAAGCCGCAGGACGGCGCGAGCCCGUUUGGGGGCGCGCUGAAGAGCGACUUCCCCAUCGACCCGGAGUGGCAUAACCUCAACCAUGGCUCAUUCGGCACCCUCCCCAACGCCGUGCUAGCGCGCCUCCGUCACUACCAGGACGCGGCCGAGGCGCGCCCAGACAGCUUUAUCCGCUACGAGUACCCCAAGCUGCUCGACGAGUCGCGCGAGGCCGUCGCCAGGCUCGUCAACGCCCCCGUCGAGACCGUCGUCUUCGUGUCCAACGCCACCGAGGGCGUCAACACUGUCAUCAAGAACCUGGCCUGGGGGGCCGGCGAGGACGUCAUCUUGACCUUUUCCACGGCGUACGAGGCCUGCGCCAAGGUCGCUGAUUACAUUGUUGAUACGACGGGCGGCAAGGUCGAGCACCGGGAGAUCACCAUCGACUAUCCUCUCGAGGACGAGGAGAUUCUGCAGGCGUUUCGCGCGGCCGUCGAGGCUGUUGAAAAGGAUGGCAAGAGGGCCCGCGUCUGCAUCUUUGAUGUCGUGUCGUCGCGUCCUGGCGUUGUGUUCCCGUACAUCGACAUGAUCAAGGCUUGCAAGGAGCUAGGCGUUCUCAGCAUGGUGGAUGGCGCGCAGGGCAUCGGCAUGGUUCCUCUCGAUCUGACCAAGGCCGAUCCCGACUUCUUCGUAUCAAACUGCCACAAGUGGCUGCACGUCCCCCGGGGAUGUGCCAUCUUCUACGUGCCCGUCCGAAACCAGCACCUUAUCCCCACGACCCUCGCCACCAGCCACGGCUACAUUCCCACGUCCGUCGCUCGUGGGUCCCCUCUGCCACCAAGUGCCAAGAGCAACUUUGUGAAUAACUUUGAGUUUGUGGGCACAAAGGAUAACGGACCCUACCUGUGUGUCAAAGACGGCAUCAAGUGGCGGCAGGAGGUGCUCGGCGGUGAAGACAAGAUCCUCACUUACCUCUGGGACCUCAACAAGAAGGGCAUCAAGUAUGUUGCCGAUGUACUGGGAACCGUGGUCCUGGAGAACAGCAAGGGAACCAUGACAAACUGUUCCAUGGCCAACGUCGCGCUACCCAUCUGGAUCGGCGAAAAGGGCCGAGGGGCUAAGGAAAGCGACGCAGUCGUUGCGACCGAAGACCAAGGCACGGCGUUCCAGUGGAUGGCCCGCACCAUGGUGGACGACUACAAGACCUUUAUGUCUCUGUUUGUACUCGGGAAUAGGUACUGGAUCCGCAUCAGCGCAUCCGUGUAUCUAGACAUGACGGAUUAUGAGGUUGCGGGUAAGGUCUUGAAGGAGCUGUCGGCGAGGGUCGCCAAGCAAGAAUAUCUGGCGGCAUAGACGAUUUUGUUAAACAAUAGGCGGGUUCUCGCCACUUGGGUUAUCAGCCAACCAUCUCGGCCGCCGCUUUUUGACAUCGUCACUCAGGUUCGGUAAAGUCAGGGCCAGAGGCCACAACAGACGUCCCUUUUCCAGCGUGGCAAAGUCGAGCGCUGUCGGCAUCGG